CGCAAAGCGGGCACUUCCGGGUCACGUUGUCUGCGUGCUGGCUGAAAGGAAACGUGUACGUCCAGCCCACUAAUAUUCAUGUUGCGACAUAACUACUUAUCCUCCAUUCGUUUAGCGCUCACGCUCUUUGACUUCCCAGUCUACACUUCCGGAUUAAGGUCUGCCAUCUCUUGCUCAGCUGCUCAACCCCUGAGAGCCACUCUAUCGACAAGUCGUCCCUUCUCAAAGACCUGUGUCCCGAUGAUGAAGGCUUCAAUAUCGCCACACAUGAAGUCCAGAUGCCCGGUGUACCCGGGCUCCCAAAUCAAGCGCUUCCCAGUGAGUGACGCUCAGGUGGACUGGAGUCAGAGUGUCCAGGGCUACGAGCCUGUCCACUUCACCCACCCUGCCGUGGCAAAGAAGCCAGCAUGGGCAGAUCCUGAGAUUGGCUCUUUCUGCCCGCAGUUUAACACUGUGGAUGGUGCUGUGGACAGAAGAAGCUUUGAGGGCAAAUACAAAGUAGAAGAUGGAAAGCCACUAAAUCCUCAUGGCCGCACAGGGCUGAGUGGUAGAGGUCUACUGGGGAGAUGGGGGCCCAACCAUGCUGCAGAUCCCAUUGUUACAAGGUGGAAAGUAGACACUCAAGGAGAGAAGAUCCAUCAUCUGGUCUCCAAAAAGCCUAUCUUGCAAUUUGUGUCCAUCAAGAGAAAAGAUUGCGGGGAGUGGGCCAUUCCAGGGGGCAUGGUGGAUCCUGGCGAGCAGGUUUCUCUCACACUUCAGCGGGAGUUCUCAGAAGAGGCCUUGAAUUCGCUAGCAGUGACGCCCCCAGAGAGGGAGAAUAUUCGCCAGCGCAUUGACCAACUCUUCCAAUCCGGAGGUUUCCAGGUUUUUAAAGGCUAUGUGGACGACCCCAGAAACACCGACAAUGCUUGGAUGGAGACGGUCGCUAUCAACUUUCAUGAUGAAAACGGCAACUGUGUGAGCGAACUGCCGCUGCAAGCUGGUGAUGACGCGGGCCAAGUCCAGUGGGUCGACGUGGACUCAUCGUUCCCACUCUACGCCAGUCAUUCUCAUCUGCUGCAGAUGGUUGUCACUGAGAGGAACGCCCACUGGUAGCACCAACACAAGGAAGACUUCUCAAAGUGCGUGUCUUUGGAGGUGGGAGGAAGCCUGGGUACCCGGAGAGAACCCACGCAGUCACGGGGAGGACAUGCCAACUCCACACAGAAAGAUCCCGAGCCCGGGAAUGAACCCAGGACUACUCAGGACCUUCGUAUUCUGAGGGAGACGCACAAACCCCUCUUCCACUGUGCUGCCCAACUUGCAACAUAAUAUUUAUAAUCUUUUCAAGGUUGCUAUUGUUUAUAAAUAUACCAAAUGUAAUCUCUUCUACAGUAAAUGGUGACAUCUCUAUAACUUUGUCUUUUAGCCAACCUCCCAAAACAAAUGUAAAGUAUUAAGUUCCAUAAAUGAAUGAUUCACAUCUUCCACAGCAUUACAGAUAUAACCAAUGUGAGAAUUUGAGUUUUACUUUCAGAAAUUGACUUGUGUACCUUGCAACAUAAUUACUAGAUUGCUAUCUUUAAUAAACAUUCCAAAUGUAAUUUCUUCUAUAGCAAAUAGGGACAUCUCUAUACUUCCAAAAUAAAUGUGCAGUAUCACAUUGCACAAAUUAAUGAGUCACAUCUACAGAUAUAACACUUGUCAACCAUGAUGUUAUUUUUUUGUUUCAAAAAAUCACCGCUUGGGUAAAUUGCAUAAAUUAUUUUCAGAAGAAUUGCACAUGUAACAUAUUUUGUCCUUAUUUUCCCUAAUUAUAUUUUGUAAACUCAGUUAGGAUAUACUGCGAUGAGGUGGCGACUUGUCCAGGGUGUCCUACACCUUCCGCCCGAUUGUAGCUGAGAUAGGCACCAGCGCCCCCCGCGACCCUUGUGGAAUAAGCGGUAGAAAAUGGAUGGAUGUUAGGAUAUAUUGUCUUGAGUUUUGCCUGAAAUAUAUCAUUUUACAGACAUAUAUUUAUCAUCACAGUGCCCUCACAAGUGACCAGAAAUCCCCGAAAUCCUUAACUUUAACAACCAUAUUGUUACAAUAACAAACAUUUUAAAAAGUAAAAUCCACUUACAGCACAUUAAGACACCGGCAUGCACACAGAAUUCCCUUUGGUGCCCUCACAAGCGCCCAGAAAUCCCCAAAAUUCUUAACUUUAACCACCUUAAUGCUAGAAUAUUAAACAUUUGAAAAGAUAAAAUCCACUUACAGUUCAUGAACACAUUGGCACACACAUAUAAGUCCCUUUGCUGCUCUCACAAGUGACCAUAAAUCCUUAACUUUAACAACCAAAUUGCUUCAAUAAUAAACAUUCUAAUUUAGUGUUGCCAAUCAACCAUAGCACUAAAUUGGCCCUAUUGUGUGAAUGUGAGUGUGAAUGUUGUCUGUCUGUGUUGGCCCUGUGAUGAGGUGGAGACUUGUCCCAGGUGUACGCCGCUUUCCGCCCAUGUGCAGCUGAGAUAGGCUCCAGCAACCCCCACGACCUCGACUGGAAAAUGGAGGAUGGAUGGAAAAUGAACAAGGAAUCGUUUUGAAGUCCAACACAUCCUGAGUCCACAACAGUCGCCCUCAUAUGACAUUAUCCCUGCGCCAACACUAAAACAUUACCUAUUUUUUAUUUUACUUUUUUAAUUGAACGCCCAAACAUGGAUUUUAUAAUGCACACAAAAGUCAAGGCAUUUUCAACAUCAGCAAAACAUGUCAAGGAAAGAAAACAAAAGCAAAUUCAGAUAGAUUAUUAAAUAAUAAAAAAUAUGAAAGAUAAAACAUGGCUACCCAAAUCACAUAUUUUAACAAAUAUAUCAAUGUAAGGGCUCUUGUACUCUUAAUCAUCCUCCAAGAUUGGAUUGAUAAUUAUAAAUUAUUAAGCCAAUUAGAAAAUGUAGGCCUUACUUUCAUAAAUUGAUAUUAAUGUAGAUUUUUUAUUGCCUGUAGCAUAAUAGUGGUGACAAACAUUUCUAUGUUACAGUUGUUUAUAAAAAUACCAAAUUCGAAAACAUAACUACUCAGUCAUACGUUUUAUAUUCAUGAAUGUAAGUUUCUCAAAACCCGACCUGUUUUUGUGCAUUUUAAAAAAGAAUUAGAACUUUACUUUAAAACGCGUUCCACCUCCAGCAACCAAAAAGCUGUGAAAAGGAUUAAGAUGCUGUUUCAAAUUUGGAUUAUUUACGAAACUUGUGUGAGCCUAUGGCUUUACACUUUUGUUACAUAUGUAUAUUUCGUAUUCUAUUUUAGUUAAUGUAUUGAGUUUACAACCCCCUGGUGCUGUUGUGUACUGUGUCUGUACUAUUUCUGUACUUGUUGUCCAUCCAUCCAUUUUCUACCGCUUAUUCCCUUUUGGGGUCGCGGGGGGCGCUGGCGCCUAUCUCAGCUACAAUCGGGCGGAAGGCGGGGUACACCCUGGACAAGUCGCCACCUCAUCGCAGGGCCAACACAGAUAGACAGACAACAUUCACACUCACACACUAGGGCCAAUUUAGUAUUGCCAAUCAACCUAUCCCCAGGUGCAUGUCUUUGGAAGUGGGAGGAAGCCGGAGUACCCGGAGGGAACCCACGCAUUCACGGGGAGAACAUGCAAACUCCACACAGAAAGAUCCCGAGCCUGGAUUUGAACCCAGGACUGCAGGAGCUUCGUAUUGUGAGGCAGACGCACUAACCCCUCUCCCACCGUGAAGCCUGUACUUGUUGUAUUUAUUAUUAUUUAUGUGCUUGUUUGAUUGAUUGAUUGAAGCUUUUAUCAAUAGAUUGCACAGUAAAGUACAUAUUCCGUACAAUUGACCACUAAAUGGAAACACCCGAACAAGUUUUUCAACUUGUUUAAGUCCGGGUCCAGGUUAAUCAAUUCAUGGUGUAUGUAAGUGUUGCAUAUUAUAAAUAAAGGUUUAUAAAACAUUUUUUUAAAAAGAA